GUGAAUUUGUACGAUCGCUCUGAACUGAGUGGUCAUGGCCGACCGGACUCGAUCACGAUAUACAGCGACGCGCAGUUCACGCAAACACUGCAUCGAUUUACGUCGCAGACAAUUGACUGGUCAGCGAAUGUGCAGACACAGUCACUGCUGUCGGUACAUAUGCGAGCUAGUGCUGCUAAUGGCGACUUCGGAUUCGUUGCUGAAAUAAUCGUAAUCCCGUCGUUUGCUCAGCCAAAAGUAGUGGAGGAAGUGCUGAUUAGGCAAAGCCGCAUAAAACAAAAUGACCGUGGAGCAGUCCUUUAUCGCAACAGUGGUGGAAUAGGACCAAGCAUUACAGUAAGCGAAUGUGAAGUUCAGAACAAUGGAUAUCAUCUGUUUGGGAAUAUAAGCACCACAACGCGGAGCAUUGAAAUGCAUCUUUUUAAUACUUUGAUGGUUCAGUUUCGUAACAGCUUACUGACGCAUAAUAUGGGAGGCCUGUGGUUGACUGCACUUACAGCGAACUCUGUUGCGCGGCUAAUUGUUGUUAUCAGGGAAUGCGCAUUCAUGCACAACUCGAAUGGUACUGUACUUGCCUUCCUCGGUAGUGGCAAUCAGAAGUUAUGGCUGUUUAAUAAUUUGAUAACGAACAAUUAUGCACUUUAUCAAGAUACAGUACUGCUGAAAGAUAUCACGGCUAAUAUGACACGAAAUCUGUUUGCUAACAACACUGGUUUACACAGCGUCGACUUUCGUCCUGGAUCGUCAUUGUCCGCUGAUUCCUAUUCACUUCAUAAGAACUGGUUCCAUGAUAACACUGCACUUGGCCAUGGACACCAGUAUCAGGUACAUGUGAUUUGUAGUACAUGUGAUUCAGAAGUAUUAAUUCAGAAAUUCCACUUCAUCGUUGUUGUCUCACAGCACUUUUUUCCAUUUCGCGACAUCACUAAAUGA